AUGUCGAACAUCUGGGACUCCAUCACCGGUCGCAAACAACCCAAGGGCUCCGAGGCCACCGCAUCAGCACCAGAUGCUACCAGCUUCCUAGCCGAUCUUCCCGACCCCUCUCAGCUCCAUCCCCUCGCCGGCCUGAACCAAGAUACCCUCGACUACAUCACCCUCGAAGACUCCGCGCUCGACCAAACACCCGGAUCGCGCUCUGUGCUGCCCUCCCGUGGAUGGUCCGAUGAUCUCUGCUAUGGAACAGGAACGACUUACCUUGCUGGUUUGACUCUUGGUGGUGCCUGGGGUCUGGCGGAGGGACUGAAGAAGACGCCCGUCACCGCUCCGCCAAAGAUCCGCCUCAACGGUGCUCUCAACUCCAUUACGAGACGAGGACCUUUCCUCGGUAACUCGGCUGGUGUGGUCGCGAUGGUCUACAACGGGUUUAACUCCGGUCUGGGCUACGCGAGGGGUAAGCACGAUGCUGCUAACAGCAUUGUGGCGGGUGCGUUGAGUGGAAUGGUCUUCAAGAGCACGAGGGGUCUUAAGCCUAUGGUGAUUUCGGGUGGUAUCGUUGCUGGCAUUGCUGGUGGUUGGACUGUCCUGAGCAAGGCUAUCCUGUAA